AUGAACAACUCGUUUUAUGCAGGAUACGCUCGUGCCGACAUUCUCAAGAAGCCGAACUUGCUCACGAGCACUGUCACGCUGCCUGCGCGUCCCUCCGCUAAGUCAUCCACACCAGACGACAGCCUACAGACUCCCUACCCCACCGCAUACCGGUGUGUCAAGGCAUUCUUAAAGGUGCUCCUGAAGGCCGAAGUUGAGCUCGAGCCGAAGGAGUCUCGCAAGUCGCUCAUCAUUGAGCUGGGAGCUCAGCGUGUAGUGGAGGAGCUUCGACGUCAGCUGUUAGCGUACUCAUCAGCAAAACCGCCAGCUCUUGGCGGCCGUCUUGGGCUUGAGGGGCCGUCUUGGGCUUGA